UUCCCAGAUUCCCGGUGACAGCGACCUCUAGCGGUCACGAGCUGCGCUUGCGCAUUCGGAGCGCAGACCUCCAGAGCGACCUGUCUCUUUAAGGUGGUGUCAAAGCCGAUUAGCGUUGAUCUCUGCCGUGAUUCCGUUUGCACCGUCUGUUCCCGGAGUCAGUUUCUGCUCCGCGCGCCUCGCUUUGAUCUUUUCGCGUUGUUAUCCCGCGCGCAGAGUCGCGCGGUAACGCGUCGCUCUGAAGUUUCCAGCACGCGCACCUCUUGAAGCCCUUUCGGCUGCAGAGGAGCCCCGCGCGCUCGUCCAACUUUUUCUACCAUGGUAAGCCUGGAUUACCUUUUCCAGCAGAUAUAUUAUCCGCCUUCUCUUUGAUAUCCGUUAGCUAGAAAUUACGCCUGCUGCGGCGCGCGCGCUGAGAUGUGAAGGUCUGCUGCUGCACGAGAAAGUUUCCAAAGGCGCGUAAAAUGCAGAAGAGCGUGCGCUACAAUGAGGGCCAUGCGUUGUACCUGUCUCUGAUCGCGCGUAAAGAGGGCACCAAGCGCGGCUUCCUGAGCAAGAAGACAACGGAGAACAGCCGCUGGACCGAGAAGUACUUCGCUCUCCACCAGAACCUGCUCUUCUACUUCGAGAACGAGCAGAGCACGAGACCCUCAGGUAUAUACCUGCUGGAAGGAUGCACGUGCGAGCGCACACCUGCACCUAAGGUCUCCGCCAUCAGCAAGGAGCCCACGGAGAAACAGCAGCACUACUUCCUGGUCAUUUUUGGCCACGAUGGACAAAAACCUCUGGAGCUGCGGACGGAUGAGGAGUCGGAUUGUAACGAGUGGGUGGAAUGCAUCCAACAGGCCAGUUACUCCGACAUCAUCAUCGAGCGUGAGAUCCUCAUGCAGAAGUACAUCCACCUGGUCCAGAUCCUGGAGACGGAAAAGAUCGCAGCCAAUCAGCUUCGCACUCAGCUGGAGGACCAGGACACGGAGAUCGAGAGGCUCAAAGCGGAGAUUGUAGUGUUGAACAAGACGAAGGAGCGCAUGCUGCCUUACCAGAACAACCAAGAGGAGGAAGACCCCGACAUCAAAAAGAUCAAGAAGGUGCAAAGUUUCAUGCGUGGUUGGAUCUGCCGGAGGAAGUGGAAGAUCAUCGUCCAGGACUACAUCUGCUCUCCUCACGCAGAGAGCAUGAGGAAGAGGAACCAGAUUGUGUUCACCAUGGUGGAAGCAGAGGCGGAGUACGUCCACCAGCUCUCCAUCCUGGUCAACUGCUUCCUCAGGCCGCUCCGCAUGGCCGCCAGUUCCAAGAAGCCUCCCAUCAGCCACGACGACGUCAGCAGCAUCUUCCUCAACAGUGAAACCAUCAUGUUUCUGCAUGAGAUCUUCCACCAGGGGCUGAAGGCUCGGAUUGCAAGCUGGCCAACGUUAGUUCUGGCGGACCUCUUCGACAUCCUGCUGCCCAUGCUGAACAUUUACCAGGAGUUUGUGAGGAACCAUCAGUACAGCCUUCAGGUUCUGGCAAACUGCAAGCAGAACCGGGACUUUGACAAGCUGCUGAAGCAGUACGAGUCCAACGCCGCCUGUGAGGGUCGCAUGCUGGAAACCUUCCUCACGUAUCCCAUGUUCCAGAUUCCUCGGUACAUCAUCACUCUCCAUGAACUGCUGGCGCACACGCCUCACGAGCACGUGGAGCGCAAGAGCCUGGAGUUUGCCAAGUCCAAACUGGAGGAGCUGUCAAAGAUGAUGCACGACGAGGUGAGCGACACGGAGAACAUCCGGAAAAACCUGGCAAUCGAAAGGAUGAUCGUUGAAGGCUGCGACAUCCUGCUAGACACAAGCCAGACCUUCGUCAGGCAAGGUUCUCUGAUCCAGCUGCCGUCCAGCAGUGAACGGGGCGUGCUCAGUAAAGUCCGGUUGGGUUCGCUCUCCCUGAGAAAGGAAGGGGAAAGGCAGUGUUUCCUGUUUACUAAACACUUCCUCAUCUGCACACGAACGUCGGGAGGGAAGCUUCACCUGCUGAAAGGGGGAACGUUGUCGCUGAUUGAGUGCACGCUUAUCGAGGAGCUGGAUGCCAGCGAUGAAGACUACAACGCGGCGGGACAAGGCUUCAGCCACCUGGAGUUCAAAAUCGUGGUGGAGCCGGCAGACGGUCAGAGCUUCUCGGUCGUCCUCUUGGCUCCUUCCCGCCAGGAAAAGGCCGCCUGGACGAGCGACAUCAGCCAGUGCAUCGACAACAUCCGCUGUAACGGCCUGAUGACCAGCGUGUUUGAGGAGAACUCCAAGGUUUCUGUGCCGCACAUGAUCAAGUCGGACGCCCGGCUGCACAAAGACGACGUGGACAUUUGCUUCAGCAAGACGCUGAACUCCUGCAAGGUGCCGCAGAUCCGCUACGCCAGCGUGGAGCGUCUGCUGGAGCGCCUGACCGACCUGCGCUUCCUCUCCAUCGACUUCCUCAACACCUUCCUGCACACCUACCGGAUCUUCACCACCGGCGCCGUGGUCAUCGACAAGCUGGCCGACAUCUACAAGAAGCCGUUCACCUCCAUCCCCGUGAGGGUCAUGCAGCACUCAUACGACCGUCUGUCCAUCAUGUCCCUCUGUCCCGACUACAGUCUGAAGAUCACCCAGCUGGCUCUGGACCAGUCCAAGUCUCUGGAGGUCUUCUUCGCCACCAACCAGGGGGCUUGGGGGGCGGACCCCCUCAACAACAAAUCCCCGAGGCUCUGUCGCAAGUUUUCCUCCCCUCCCCCCCUCUCCAUCCCCUCCCGCACCUCCUCCCCGGUCCACUGCCGCAAACUCUCCCUCAGCUCCCCGAUCAGCAUCAAAGUGGGUGCGUUGGAUUUGUCCACCUCGCCGUCCUCCUCCGCAGCCAAUUCCCCCACCUCCUCCCACAGCCCCUCCAUCUCCUCGUCUCCUCCCGGUUCCUCCAGACCGCCCUCGGGCCUCUACUCCCCUCCGCCCACCGCCAUCCGCUCCCCCAGCCUCCCGCAGGCCUUCGGCGUUUCCUCUCCGCCUCCUGGCUCCACCAAAGCCCCCCUGGACCUCAGCCGGGGUCCCAGCUCUCCGGAGCUGAGCCCGGCUGCAGCAGAGGACGUGAGCGGAGAGCUGCCUCGCCUCGACGCCUUCUGUGGGAAGCUGAGGCGCAGCAUUCGCCGAGCCGUUCUGGAGUCGGUGUCUUUGGACAAGUUCAUCCCAGAGUCUCCGUCCAGCGGCGAGCCGGGAGACCUGUCUCCCUGCCGCUCUCCGUCCACGCCGCGGCAUCUCCGCUUCCGGCAGAGUGGAGCCGCGGCGGCCGAGGGUUCGCGCAUGUCGCCGGCCUCGGCCUUCGCCAUCGCCACAGCCGCCGCCGGUCACAGCAGCUCGCAGGGUUUUAUGAACUCUGAGAAAGGAUGCGACAAAGAGUUCAUCAUCCGCAGAGCUGCUACCAACAGAGUCCUGAAUGUGCUGCGACACUGGGUCUCCAAACACUCCCAGGACUUUGAUAUGAACAGCGAGCUGAAGACGGGGGUGAUGAGUCUUCUGGAGGAGGUCCUGAGAGACCCUGAUCUGCUGCCUCAGGAGCGAAAAGCAACCACCAACAUUUUAAGUGCUCUUUCCCAGGAGGAUCAAGACGACUCUCAGCUGAGGAUAGAAGACAUCCUGCAAAUGAAAAGCUGCCCCCUCCUUCACUUCAUCGCGGCGGAGAGCCCUAAAGUGGAGUGUAUUGAGUCCCUGUCAGCCAUGGAGCUGGCAGAGCAGAUCACUCUGCUGGACCACAUCGUUUUCAGAAGCAUUCCUUAUGAGGAGUUCCUGGGUCAGGGCUGGAUGAAGAUCGACAAGUCUGAGAGGACUCCAUUCAUCAUGAAGACCAGCCAGCACUUUAAUGACAUGAGUAACCUGGUGGCGUCUCACAUCAUCUCUCACACGGACGUGGGCUCCCGCGCCAGCUCCAUAGACAAGUGGCUGGCGGUGGCCGACAUCUGCCGCUGCCUCAACAACUACAACGGCGUGCUGGAGAUCACCUCAGCCCUCAACCGCAGCGCCGUCUACAGGCUGAAGAAGACCUGGGCUAAAGUCUGCAAGCAGACGAAGGCGCUGAUGGACAGGCUGCAGAAGAUCGUGUCGUCAGAGGGACGCUUCAAAAACCUCAGAGAGACUCUGAAGAACUGUAACCCCCCGUGUGUCCCGUACCUGGGCAUGUACCUCACCGACCUGGCCUUCAUCGAGGAGGGAACGCCCAACUUCACAGAGGACGGCCUCGUCAACUUCUCCAAGAUGAGAAUGAUUUCCCAUAUCAUCAGAGAGAUCCGUCAGUUCCAGCAGGCGCCGUACCGGAUUGAGCACCAACCCAAGGUGACCCAGUUCCUUCUGGACAAGGCGGCGGUGAUGGACGAAGACGCCCUGUACGAGGUGUCAUUGAAGCUGGAGCCGCGAGUUCCACCAGGAUGAUCCGUCCGUCCGUUCGUUCUGUCGGCGUGGCAGGAGACGGAGCGGGAAUCCCUGACGCUCCGAAAACUCAGGAGAAACGGUGCCUUGCAGACAUUAGACUCGUAUCUAGUCAACACUCGUAGAAUGAACCCAAGUCUGCCACAAACAGAAGGUUCUGGAUUGUGACUGUAGAAACGGCAGAUCCUCAUGAACCGCCAGCUGAAACAGAGAAGCCGCUUUGCUCCUCCGGAGGUUUGGGAUGUAAAGAUAGAAGAUGUGAUCACAUCUUCUAUCUUCAUGUGGAAAAAAAGAGAGAAAAAGGGUCAAAAGGUUUCCCAUUAAAGCCACAACAAAAACUUUAUGUAUGAAGUUCUCACAUAAUUCAGAGGAUAAACUGAUUAAUAGACCUUUGAAUUUCCACACCUGUUUGCGGCAGACAAACAUGUCCGCACGUUUUAGAAGAAUCAUCAAAGCUCAUUUGUAGGUUUCCUUUUUUGUCAACCGCGCCCACAUUCCUACCAUGUUCCAGCGUUAUCCUGGAGGGGCUUUUGUUUUUAUUUCAGUUGCAAACUUUUGCCACAUGGGGGUGCUGCCGCUCUUUUUUGGCGCCCACGUUUACGUCAAUUUGGCAAAAUCUAAAAUGUUUGCGUAGAUUUGGCUUCUCAUUGCUAAUAUUGUGCAGUUUAAGAGUCUUAGUGCUGAACACAAAUGUAACAUUUAAAAAAAAAACAUUUCGUAUAAAAACUUUUCUGCUGAGCGACGGCAGCACGAAUGCUAAACUAGCUGCUAACAUAACACUGAUACUUUUUUCUUUUAAAGUAAUAUUUUCAGUGGUUUCAUCAGGCUGCAUGUUAUUUUAUUCACUUCAGACAUGUUCAACUGAGUUUUUUUGUAAAUACAACUUAUUAUUAUCCCUCUUAACAACUGAUCCAUGUCUUUUCACUUUUUAAUAUUCAACACUUUGUACAUAAAAACCACAUUUUAUAAGGGAGCAGACUGAUAAAUACAUUUGUUCUAAGUGGGUUUUGGGUUUUAUCAGUUUAGUGUUUCUGUAAGUUUAUAUUUUUAAGCUUUAUUUAAUUCAGUGGUUAAAAGAAAAGAAAGUUCUGUCACUGUAAUUUCUGGAAAAUGUCAAUAGAUUUUACAGUUUAUAGCAAGACUAAGUUGUUUGGGUCAAUUUAGGGUCCCUUGUACAGAAUAAUUUGGUUUUUUUUCCAUUCCUGAUGUCGGGAAUCUUUUCUUUCUUGCUAGGAUUUGUUAUCAAAACUUUUGCUUAUUUUUAGAUUAACAUUUUUCCUGAGCAUUUCUGUGUAUUGUACAGGUACUCACAAUCCUGGAGGAAAUAAAACUUUGAAAACAC